AAUUGAGAUGAGAUUAGCCAACAAAUGCAGUCAAUAGUGCAACGAUUAAGAUUUAAAACAUGAAAAAUGUCCGAUAAGAAGCUUGGAUAAUACGCAAACACAGAUAACGGAUCCUAUAAAAAGUGCAUUAUGGAGAAAUACGGGUACAGUUGUCAGAAGGUGGGUGGACGAUGAAGACUGUCCUGAUCUUAGCUGGCCUCGUGGCCCUGGCAGCGUGCAACACCUUCCCGGUAUUCAGAUAUGACCACGUCGAAACUAGAAAAUUGGAAGGAGACCUUUUACAGUACCAGUCGAAAUUUCUGUCUCUUCUUGAGAAUGUGAGACAGAUUGACUACGAAGCGGAGUACUACAAAGUUGGCAAGGGUUACGACAUCGUAGCCAGCAUAGAGAACUAUUCUGACCAAGAUGCAGUCAGGGCGUUUGCUGGUCUUCGAGAAAUUGGUUUCAUGCCCAAAGCUUACACAUUCUCCAUUUUCUACGACAGGCAGAGGGAAGAAGCUAAGAUCAUUUAUGACUUGUUCUACAGCGCUAAAGAUUUGGACACUUUCUACAAGACUGUAGCCUAUGGCCGAAUCUAUUUCAACGAGUAUCAGUUCAUGUAUGCUUUCUAUGCUGCGAUUAUUCAGCGCUCUGAUACCACAGGAAUCGUCUUACCAGCUCCAUAUGAACUGUAUCCUGAAUAUUUCUUGAACAUGUAUACGAUCCACAGAAUGUACCGAACACAGAUGCAAAGUGGUAUAUUCAAUGAGGAAGUUGCUAGUAACUAUGGUAUCUGGAAGAUGGAUAAUAACUACUAUUAUUACUACAACUACUCUAAUCCCUUGACGUACAGAAAUCAGGAGUAUAGAUUGUCUUAUUUGACAGAAGACAUAGGCUGGAACUCUUACUAUUACUACUUCCACAAUCUUAUGCCUUUCUGGGGCAAAGGCGAGGACUUUAUUGGUAUCUUCAAGGAACGCCGUGGAGAAUUCUACUACUACUUCUAUCAGCAACUCUUGUCUCGUUACUACCUUGAGCGUUUGAGUAAUGGCUUGGGAGAAAUUCCAGAUUUCUCUUGGUACCAACCUCUGAGGAGUGGUUACUAUCCAGCUAUAUAUACGAGCUCAGCCUAUCCGUUUGCUCAACGUCCCAACUAUUAUUACAUGGGAAUUGAAGAAAAUGUUGACUACAUCCAAUUCCUUGAUGCUCAGGAAAAGAGCUUUGUGCAAUUCCUGCAGAUUGGCCAGUUUAAGGCAUUUAAACAAGAUGUAGACUUCCGCAACUCCAAGUCAAUAAACUUUGUUGGCAACUUUUGGCAAGGAAACCCGGACCUGUACGAUAAGUACGGAAGGGAAGUAAACUAUGACGAAUCCUACGAAAUCAUCGCUCGCCGCGUGCUUGGUGCUGCUCCUCCGACCUCCGACAAUUACGAAUUCGUGCCGUCUGCUCUGGACUUCUACCAGACUUCACUUCGUGAUCCCGCCUUCUACAUGCUCUAUAACAAGAUCAUGAGCUACAUUGUACAGUACAAGGAAUGGUUGGAGCCCUAUGAUCAAGAGGUACUUCACUACUCCGGUGUCAAGAUCAAUGACGUCAGUGUUGGUAACUUGACUACCUUCUUCGAGUACUAUGACUUCAACGCCACCAAUGCAGUUUUCUUAAGUGACCAAGAGAUUCAACAACAAUAUUCUUCAUUCAUCGUACGUCAACCGCGUUUGAACCACGAACCUUUCUCCGUGACCAUCGAUGUUAAGUCUGACGUUGAGGCGGAAGCCGUAUUCAAGAUCUUUGUUGGUCCUAAAUAUGAUGGAGAAGGUCGCCCUCUUAGCUUGGAAGAUAACUGGAUGAACUUCGUGGAAUUGGACUGGUUCACCCACAAAUUGACGUCAGGACAGAACAAGGUUGAGCGCAAAUCUGAGGAAUUCUUCUUCUUUAAAGAGGACUCCGUCUCAAUGUCUAAGAUCUAUGAACUCCUGAAACAGGGCCAGGUACCUGAAAGCAUGUCCGAAGACUACGACUCUAUGCCAAGCAGACUGAUGUUGCCCAGAGGCACUCCGGGUGGUUUCCCUGUACAGUUCUUUGUCUUCGUGUACCCAUACCAAGCUCUCAGCAAAGACCUAGAGGCUAUGAAGAAUAUCAUCCUUGACAACAAACCUUUGGGCUAUCCAUUUGACCGUCCUGUCGAGUACCCGUAUCUCUUCUUACAACCUAAUAUGUACUUUGAAGACGUCAAUAUCUACCACAGAGGCCCGCAAUACCCCUGGUGGAGUAAUGGCCAAUUCCGUCUGAAUGAAGUACCUAGACAAUAAAGGAGAGAGAAAGAGUUCUUGAACCAAAACAUUUAAAGCUAGUAGAACACUAUAGUCACAAUAAAAUAAAAAUUUUUAUAGUAA